AUGUUGAAUGGUCACAAUGAAAAUAAUAGCAAUAGACAGUUCUACGAUAGAGCUUAUGAUUAGAAUCAGGACAUGUCUUGGCCCUAGCAAAGAACCGGAAUUCAAUCGACACCAGCUCUCUCAAAUGAUUAUGAUUAUACUCAAAAAUUUAAUAUGGAUGGAACAAUAAGGCCUCCUGACUAAGAAAAAGUAGAGAAAUUGAUCCCAGAUGAAAAUGAUAUUGCCAUGGAUGAAAUGAGAUACUAAUAAUUCUUGCUUCAAUAGCAACUCUUAUUGCAGGAAAUUGAGAGCAGAAAAUAAACAUAAAGAAAUCCGAAUUCCCUAAGAUCUGCCAGAUAGGGGUCAACUUAGAGAUAAAGAUCACUAAGAGAAGGAACAGCCCAAUAGCCCCUCUUAGAUUAAGAGAACUAAUAAAUAGUUCAGUAGCAAUAAGUUAAUAACUAGCAAAUGGUGUAGGAGAAUUAAGAAGUAUAAAACCUGCAAAUGCAAUAGUAAAACAAGAAAAGACUGAUAGUAAUUUUAGGUAUCUCAGCAUUUCUGAUAAUUGGUUACACAUUAUUUGUUGUAUUUGCAGUAUCUAAAUGA